CAGAAUUUAUUCAAGGCAAAUGAGCCCACCAUGAUUAGGUUCAUCCUCGUGCAGGCAGGUGCACUCUUCAGCAGAAAGACCAUGUGCUCAAAUGAUAUGCGCUCAGAACCGUCAAGGGAAGACACGAUUGUCGAAGUGGUAUGUCCCGUACGACGACGACGAGAAGGUGAGACUCCGAGGUGAAGUGCACAGACUGGUUGCUCCGCGCGACCAGAAACACCAGUCGAACUUUGUUGAGUUCAAGAAUUACAAGAUCGUGUACAGGCGUUAUGCUGGUCUCUUCUUUUGCGUAUGUGUCGACGCUAAUGACAAUGAGCUGGCAUAUCUAGAGGCUAUCCACCUCUUUGUUGAGAUCCUUGACUCAUUCUUCGACAAUGUGUGCGAGCUGGAUCUUGUCUUCAAUUUCUACAAAGUGUAUGCCAUUUUAGACGAGAUAUUUUUGGCAGGAGAGAUUGAGGAAACUAGCAAAGAUGUGGUGUUAUCGAGGUUAGAGGAGCUUGAGAAACUUGAAUGAUGGGUUUUAUGUCGUGGUUUCAUCUUAUCAUAACCGGGACUUUAUAGUAGCCAGGAUAUUUUGUGACUUACCUUGCUCCACAUGAAUGGAUUUACUACUUUCAACACUUUGGUGCGC